AUGUUUAAUGUAGGUAGGAGACCGAUGGGCCAGGGACAGGAUGAUGCGUACGGCGGGUCAGAGGCUAAAAGCAGAAACAGCAGCGCACGGGCCUCCGUAGCGGCGGCGCCUGCUGUGGGUUACCCUCGAAUCCCCUCUUCCUCUCCCAAUGCUUCUGCUGCCGCUGGAUCUGCUGCGGCCACUUUCGCUGGUUCUUUCCCAUCCGUGCAGCCGUCUGGGUCUGAAGUUAACGGCGUCCGCGAAUCCGUUUUUCGGGAGGGAGGGGAAAUGACUAUGACAUCGUCGGACCCACUGCUGGCCGAGCGGCUGCGCGGCCUUGCUGUUGCACUGAGCACUCCUGUGCUGCUACCCGCAACGUUCUUGCUGUUACCAGAGCUGCACUUGCUAUCGUUGCGGCUGCAGCUGCUGUCUUUGCAGCAACUGCACUGGUUGCUUGCGCUGCGGUGA